UCUGUGAGAUCUUCUAUUCUGCUGUCUCUCAUUUACACAGAAAAAAUAAAAAUCAAAACUUGUUCAAAAGACAACCUUUUUCAUUGUAUGAAACACAGAGAGAAUUACCCUUUUGCUUCUCAAGGCUCUCUUUCAUGGCUCUCUUAACUUCCUUGCCUGAGCACUCCACCACCCCAAAACGCCAUAAACGAAAACCACAGCAACAGCAACAACAGCAGAAACAGAAACAGAAGCAGAAAGCAGCUUCUUCAUGGGAUCAAAUCAAGAACCUUUUAACCUGCAAACAGAUGGAAGGAUCGAGGGUUCAUGACCCUUCAAAAGGGUACUCAAAGAUAGGGUCUUCUUGCAGCUCCAUAUGCAGCUUCAGAGACGUUGUUCAUGGGAACACACGUGUGGUGCAUAGGUCUGAUAACUCUUCGCCGGAGAGUAGCUCUCUGGGUCAGGAAACCGGUUUACUCACCAGGAAACCGGUGACCGCUUCUACCCGCUCCACAGCCGCAAAAUCAAACGCUGGAACAACCUACACGUCGUCAUCAUCUUCCAGGGGAAUGCAGUUCAGAAAGCUAUCUGGCUGUUAUGAAUGUCACAUGAUCAUUGACCCUAGCAGGUUACCAGUUGCAAGAAGCACUGUGUGUGCUUGCUCUCACUGUGGUGAGGUCUUCCCUAAAAUGGAGAGUCUGGAGCUUCAUCAAGCUGUUCGUCAUGCCGUUUCGGAGCUGGGUCCGGAAGAUUCGGGAAGGAACAUAGUGGAAAUAAUAUUCAAAUCGAGCUGGUUGAAGAAGGAUAAUCCCAUAUGCAAGAUCGAACGGAUACUAAAAGUGCACAAUACUCAACGCACCAUCCAACGGUUCGAGGAGUGCAGGGACACGGUUAAGAACCGUGCGCUGGGCAGCACCAAGAAAAACCCCAGGUGCGCAGCCGACGGCAACGAACUCUUGCGGUUCCACUGCACCACCUUAACGUGCGCACUUGGCGCACGUGGGUCAUCCUCGCUGUGCGCCUCCGUACCCGGCUGUGGUGUCUGUACAAUCAUCAGGCACGGUUUCCAAGGCGGCGGCGGCGAACACGCGAAGGGCAAGGGCGUGAGGACCACCGCAAGCAGCGGUAGGGCACACGACUCCGUCGUGUGCGGCGACGGCACGCGGAGGGCCAUGCUGGUGUGCCGGGUGAUUGCGGGGCGCGUGAAGCGCGUGGCGGAGGACACGCCGCCGUCGGAGGAGGAACACGUGUCGGUUGCUUCCUAUGAUUCUGUAGCCGGGUACGCUGGAAUCUACUCGAAUCUCGAGGAGUUGGUUGUUUUCAAUCCAAAGGCUAUUCUUCCUUGUUUCGUGGUUAUUUACAAAGUGCCUUCGUGUUAAGGAAACACAAAAAAAAAAAAAAUGUUUCUAUGAUCGUAGCAGUACUGUAUAUUUAAAUUUCUCCUUCAAUUUCACAACUCUACCAAAUAACAAUGAA